UAGUACUUCUCUGUCCGUCACAAUUUAUGCUCCACAAGUUGAGUUCCUCUUCGUUGCCUACCUUUCGUCUUCCAGUCUCUAAAUCAAAAAUCCAGCCUUUUGAUUCCGGAGCUCGGUUCGGGAUCUGAAGAAUUAUGGAUUCAUGGUCUCUCCAGCUGCUUGAUGUGUUCCUCAUUGUGAUAGCGAGUGUGGUGUUUUGGGAAUUGGGGAGGUGGAGGAGGAAGAGGACGACGAGGGGCGGGCUGCCGCCGGGCAGCGUCGGACUGCCGGUGGUGGGAGAGACGCUGCGCUUGAUCGCGGCGUACAAGACGGAGGACCCUGAGCCGUUCAUCGACGAGCGGGUGCGGCGCCACGGCCGGCUCUUCACGACGCACGUCUUCGGGGAGCGCACCGUGUUCUCGGCGGACCCGGAGUUCAACCGGAUGGUGCUCGCGGCCGAGGGCCGGACCGUGGAGUGCAGCUACCCGUCGUCGAUCUCCACCUUGCUGGGCGCCCACUCGCUCCUGCUGAUGCGCGGCGUCCGCCACAAGCGGAUGCACUCCCUCACCCUGACCCGCCUCGCCUCGCCUGCCGCCAUCCGCGACGCCGCCCUCCUGCGCCACAUCGACCGCCUCGUCCGCCGCACCCUCGACGCCUGGUGCCAGUCGCCGGGCCCCGCCCGCGUCCUCCUCCUCGACCAGGCCAAGAAGAUCACUUUCGAGCUUACCGUCAAACAGCUGGUGAGCGUCGACCCGGGCGAGUGGACCGAGUCGCUCCGCCGCGAGUACCUCCUCCUCAUCGAGGGCUUCUUCUCCAUUCCCUUCCCUUCUUUCCUCUCCUUCACCACCUACGGCCGCGCCCUCAAGGCGCGGAAGAAGGUGGAAUCAGCGCUUAAAGAAGUCAUAAGGAAGAGAAAGCGGGAGAGGGAAGCGGAAAGCAGAGGAAGCGACGUCGCGAAGAGGAAGGCGGACAUGCUGGAUGAGCUGAUGGAUGGCGCGGUGGAGGAAGAAGAGUCGAUGACGGAGGAGGAGAUGGUGGACUUCCUGCUGGCGCUGCUGGUGGCGGGAUACGAGACCACGCCCACCAUCAUGACCUUGGCCGUGAAGUUCCUCACCGACCACCCCGACGCCCUCGCCCUCCUCCGGGCGGAGCAGGAGGAGAUCAGAGCACACAAGGACGAGGAGGACCCUUUGACCUGGACCGAUUACAAGUCAAUGCCCUUCACACAAUGCGUGAUCAACGAGACACUUCGAGUGGCCAACAUCAUCAGUGGAGUCUUCAGACGUGCCAUGGCAGACAUCCAUUUCCAAGGUUAUACAAUCCCGAAGGGGUGCAAAGUUUUCAUCUCGUUCCGAGCCGUGCAUCUUGAUCCUCUCUACUUCGAGGAUGCUCGGACUUUCAAUCCUUGGAGAUGGCACCAGAAUAAGGAGUCAGCAGCUACUAUGCAACCGUACUACACGCCCUUCGGCGGAGGGUCUCGGCUCUGUCCUGGCUAUGAACUUGCCCGCGUCGUCAUCUCCGUCUUCCUCCAUUACCUCGUCACUCGCUUCAGUUGGGAGGAAGCUGAGAAAGAUAGGUUGGUGUUCUUCCCCACCACGAGGACUCUCAAGAGCUACCCCAUCAAUGUCCGAUAUCGCAACAUCAAUAGCAAUGGCAACAACAAUGGCAAGCCAGUCAAUAAUCAGUCCGCACCUUCUUCUUCCUCAUCCAUGUGUUAGUUAAUUGCAUAAAAAAAAAUAUGUAAUUGAUAGUGAAGCUUGUUCAUCAAAUAUAAAACAACAAAUUAAAAUGUAUAAGUUAAACAAUCUAUAUUAUAAUAAAUUAGUUUGGAAAAUGAUGACUGAAUUAAA